AUGCAAGACUGCUGCAAUGAUCACCAGGAUUGCGCUCAGAAGGAGACCAGAGUACCCACUCGAGUCCUGGACAUUGGUUCAAAGACAAUUAAACUCCUUUCUAGCACAGGAAAAGCGGGCCGUUACUGUGCCUUAAGUCACUGUUGGGGUUCUGCUUCGCACAGCCCUCCGCGAACGACAAAGGCAAAUCUAGAAUCCAAUCAAUCGAAAAUCGAGGAGAGCUCACUUUCCAAGACUUUUCGAGACGCGAUCGUUCUUGCUCGACACUUCUCCAUUCAAUACAUUUGGAUAGACUCUUUGUGUAUCAUACAAGAUGACAAAGAGGACUGGGCAAAAGAGUCUUCAAACAUGGCUUCGAUAUACGAGAAUGCGUACUUUGUCAUUGCAGCGACGCAAGCAGAGCAUGGUGGCAUUGGCUGUUUCUCUCCUCGCCCUCCCCCAUCGGUCUCUCUGUGCCUUAACGUCGCCCAGGCGAAUGGCGAGUUCGCACCCAUAUACAUCCGGGAGAAGAAUGAUCACAGGCCUUUCAAUCCUCUAGCGGCAUACAAGGCUCGUGCUGAUCAGCGAUAUCCUCUUCUAUCACGAGCAUGGUGUCUCCAGGAGCGACUUCUUGCGACUCGUUUGAUCCACUUCUCGCGCGAGGAACUGUUCUGGGAAUGUCGGACUACCACUUUAUGCGAGUGCCGAUCCCUGAUCUCCCACGAGGAAUCUUCUUACGAGAAUCAGAUCGGUUUCAAGCGGAGAUGGGCAAUGAAUCGUGGUCUUAGAGAACUGUUCGAUCUGUGGCAUAAAACAUUGCAAUUGUACAGCUCACUAGACAUUACGUACGAAUCUGAUCGCCUUCCAGCUUUGUUGGGCCUUGCAAACCAACUUCAAGAACGAGGCUGCGGGGAGUAUAUUCACGGGCUUUGGAAAGAGAACCUUUUUGCAGACCUGAUAUGGAGAACAUCCACACGAGGGACGAGACCGAAAGAGUGGAAGGCUCCAUCUUGGUCUUGGGCU